GAUGGAAUAUUUGCUAUCGUCAGUUUAUUCCAAGAUUAGCAUGCAGCUGUAGUGCUUCAAAGUCCCUGUGAUAAGGUUAGCGAUAAACUGAAGUCCAAACUGAACAGAACUACACUCUCUUAUACCAUUGUCUUAAAUAUAUUUAAUGGUCUCGUUGCAAAAGCUAAAUUGUCGCUAGUGAUUUUUUAUUUUUUUUCACCUUUAUUUAACCAGGUAGCAAAGAUUAUAGCAAACACCACAGAAACGGAAUUGGUGCUCGCUAGCUUUGCAAAUUCAGCUAUUGUUGGAAGCUAGCCAAUAUGAAACAAACUAUGUUAAAAUUACAAAAGGUUGCAGCAUGUGUUGUGUAAAUGUGUGUGUGUGCAGCUAGACCGGCCAGCCAGGUAGAAAAAUGUCAGAAAAAAGUAAAAAGACGGACAUCAGAGUAUUUUUCAGUACACCAAAACGCAAAGUAAGAACUCUAGUAGCCUAAUAUCUCAAAGACGAGUUGAUAAAAUGUUCAUAAGAAAGAAGUGAAAUGCUAAUGGAAAUGUUUCACAAUGAUGUCAUUAGGCAGAGCAGGCAACAGAUGGCACACAGACAGCUGAGUUGGGGACAGAUAUGCAGGGACAGACUGGCAGAGACAGGGAGUCUCAGGAGUCAGACUGUGAGUCAGUGAGGGUGGUGAAAGGGAAAGAGCCAAGGAGAGAGACUUCAGAGGACAGUGUCACAGCCACGGCAGGACCAGGUGUCACCCUUGUUGCCAGCAGCACCAGUAUAGGGGACAGUGGCACAGCAUCGUCCAGUUACCUCAGUGAUGGCACAAAACCAUAUCAGCCACACCCACAAUUUAUAGAACCGCAAACUCUUGCCAACAAAGUGUUGACGUUUCAAGAGAGAUGGUUUCGCGAUUUCCCCUGGCUACAUUAUAAUCCAUCAAUAAAAGGAGUGUUGUGUUUUCACUGUAGCCAAGGGUUUUCAAGCCAGCCAUCUUUUGGCCAAAGAGCAGAUGCUGCCUUCAUUAGUGCAGGAUUUAGGAACUGGAGAAAAGCCAUUGAAAAAUUCACAGCACAUCAAAACUGCCAAACCCACCGCCACUUUGUAACUGUAACAGCACACCAGCUAAAUCCAAUCAGUGUCCAGUUAUCCAGCGCGUGGGGUAAACAGCAGGAGGACGCAAGGCAUUGCUUGAUGAAAAUUGUUAGUUCGGUGUGGCAUGUAGUAAGACAGGGACAAGCCUUUAGAGGCCACACGGAUGACAGUGGGAAUUUAUACCAGCUUUUGAAACUCAGGGCAGAAGAGGAUGAUCCCAUUUUACUGAAGUGGUUAACAGAGCGUACCACAAUGUACACAGGCCCCAAAGCACAGAAUGAAAUUCUGAACAUGGCCAAUACAGUCAUUCGAGGCAUUGCAGCUGAGAUUAGGUCUCUUCCGAUUGUACAAUUUUCAUUAAUUGUUGAUGGUACUCAAGAUGUCUCUGGUGCUGAACAGGAGAGUGUCUGUCUGCGUUAUGUUGACCAUGACCUUGUCCCUCACGAGGAUUCGCCUGUUGUCUCCGACACCCUGUCUCUGGUAUGCAGGCUGCAGUCGAGUGUGUGCGGUCAUCUCUUAGGGGCAAGAGAAAUGACGAAAGCUACCUUGCACUGUAUGAGAAAGCAACAACUUUGAUUGACUCUAUUGAAUCCAUUGAAUCCAUUGAGACGCACUCAAGACGAUUUGCUGGCAAAGCAGUGGAUCACUAUAGGGCAGA